AUGGAGGAAUCACCCGUGGCCGACGAUAACGGCGGAUAUAGCGGCGGAUAUAACGGCGGCAUGUUCGCUCAGCAGACAAGCCCCGCGCCUCCCUUAUGGACCUCCCUAGACGCCAUGCACGGGCUGGACCACGAAGCUUCUGAGUUCCUUCCACUGGACGUAUCCGACGGAGACGAAUCGCAGCAGCAGCAGCAACAGUCGGACUACACCCACCACCACAGUCACCAGCCGUCGGAUCAUCUCAACGUACGGCGAGAUCUUCUCGAAGACGAUAACUUCGGCAGCAGCGAGUUCGACCCGUCGUCAGCGGCGAGCGGAGCGGGGGAGUGUGUGAUGCUGUACCAGGACGCGCAGAGGGGGGAGGAGGAGGACAUGGUGGGGAGCCUUAACCUCCGCAUCUCCCCGCAACCCGAUGCGUCCGAUCUCACAUCGGCGCUUUUCUCCGAAGGCCAGGCGAGCAACAACGGCGGCGGUGCGACGCUCGGCGGGUCAUCGUGGCAGCUGUGCGACAAUCUGUUCGCAGAGCCGAUCGUCGACUGCGGCGAGCUGCUCUCCGGCGACGGCGAUGGCGACGAUCUGCUCGCGGCGUCCGCGGGGCACGACGAGGCGGAGCAGGCGGACGGCGGAAGCGGCGGAGAAGAAAUGGAGAUGAGAGACCCAGCCGCCGCGUAUCUCACGCCGGAAAAGGCACCGCAGAUGCCGACGACUUCGGACCCGGCGGAGGUGGCAACGCCGGGGUGUGACAAUAGCGAGGGCGAUUUCAGCACGCCGCAGGUACCAAGCGCGGGUUUCUCCCGCCCGCGCAGCCGCUGCCCGACGGAGCGGGGACUGGCGCAAAAGGGCGCGCUCAUGACCCCGUCCGGCGGAGCAACGGCGCGCUCAACCCGCGAGAACCUGAUGCGGCGGCUGGGGCAGGCGGGCGGAGCGGCGGAGCCGUGGACCCCCGUAACCCCCGCGAAGGACGAGGCGGGGAAGCGGUCCCCCGACCAGCUUGCGCGCGUGGCGGUGUCGCUGGAUGCGGAACUCGGUCUGUUCGCGGACUCCCCGCCGCUGCUGUGGAACGGAAUGGCGCAGCAGCAGCCGCCCCAGACGCAAGGGCAAUGCUUCCAGAUGCCCCAGCACCAACAACAGCAGCAGCAGCAGCAAGUGGCGUUCAGCAACGGACGAAUGCUCGAAGCGUCGAGUUCUCGGACCAUGCCUGCCGGCGCCGUGCAGAGCAUGCUCGGCGCGCAGCAGCAGCAGCAGCAGUACGGGGUGGCGAGUCAACAGCAACAGCAGCAGGGCUUGGCGGGGCAGCACGGGUUCUGUGCGACGCCCGGGGAAGGCGCGCACAUGCGCGCGGACCCCGCGGAGGCGUCCGACAUGUCGCUCUUCUUCGAUAUGGAGCAGCAGCAACAACAGCCCCUGCCGUCGCCGCCGCAGCUCCAGCAGCCGCAGCAGUCCCAACAGCAGUACCACCAGCAGCAGUACCAGCAGCAGCAGCAGCAGCAGCAGCAGCCACAGCAGCAGUACCAGCAGCAGCAUCAGAGCCGGGGGUAUCAGCAGAUGCAGCAGCAGCAGGAGUCGGACGUGGUGCGUGAUUUCCUCUCCUCGUCUCCAGACGGCGAUGCUGCUCUCGACAGCUUGGUUCUUGACGGCCUGCCGUGCGACAGACGGCUGUCCGGCCAGAUGAUGCUGCCCAAGGAUCUCGCAUCGUUGAUGAACGACGCUGACGUGGACGCGUCUGCCGCCACGUGGCCGCAGCCAAGCAACAACAACGCUGUGUCACCUCCCCUAAGUAACGGCUACAACACCGGUGCUGGUACCCUCAGUAUGGAUGCAGCAGCAGCUGCUCCUACUGCUACUACUGCCUCGGCCGGAGCCUGCGGACCCGUCUCUGUUCCUCCUGCACCGGCUCCCAAGCAGCCUGCUCAACGACCGACGACGUCCGGAGGUGCGAAGCGGAAAGCAGAGGAGCCACUCAGCGCCAGUGGGAAGGCCACGUCAUCACGAGCCCAGCCUCCAGCUGUGAAGAGGAUCAAAUCUGAAGACGCUUGCGAGGCGACAACCAGGAAAGCUUCGCCUGUGACUGCUUCUGCUUCUGCUCCAGCUUCAGCGGGGCCGGUGGAUCUGACCUGCAGAGAGCAGGAGCAGCUGGGAUUGGAGACUGGCGACGACAGUGAUGGGGUGGUGUUAAACGAGCCAUCAGUGAAGGGAUCUCAAAGUGGUACAACUGCUGCAGCCGCUGCAUCUGCUGCUGGUGCUGUAGGCGCUUCUGCUGGUGCGGUCAAGGCUGAGGCUCCCGCAGCUGAUGCGAAAAAUGUGAAGGAGGAGCCAGGCAAGGCCGGGAGCCGGGCAGGCGGAUUGACUGGAAGCAGCUCUCAGAAGGAGAGUGGUAACCAGGCGUUCCAGGAUGACUUGGGGGAAGAUGGAGCGGUGGAGGACGGGGAGGACGACGAGGGAGGGGUGAUGGUGGGACGGAAGAGGUCGUUUGUGCAGAAUCCGGCUGCUUCUGCUGCGCGGAAGAGAAGGCAUGACAUGAACCAGCGGUUGAAAGUGCUCGUGGAUCUCGUCCCUAACAGCAGCAAGGUGUGUGCGGGUCCUGAAAUCAAGUCUCUUUCUUUUUGCCUUAUCUGA